UGCAGUUUUUUGUUCAAAAUUUUAUUCCAUCUUUGGAGUGCCGUAACAAAUUCGUUUCGAUCCAUUUCUCCUCAUCUUUAUAGGCAUUCUCUCCUCACGGCAACGGAAUCCAUCACCUCUUUUUGAUCUCUCUGUCUCUCCGCUCCGAACUCCGGCAAUCCCCUCACCAAAAGAUGUGUUGUCCGGGUAAGACUUGCUGCUGCUGUUUGCUUUUGAUUCUUUUGGUGAUCGCCAUUGGAUUCAUCUUUGGUUUCGGUAUUUUUGCUCAUGGAUUUGAGAAGAUUAAGGAAAGUUUGCACUACGACGUGCAUCGAUAUGGGGAUUUGGGAGGAAGACCCUUCUACUACGCACCCGCACCGUUCUAGGGUUCUUAUCUUCCAGUAAUUUUGAGAUCUUGUUUCUAAAUCUGUAAUUGCUAUUCUUGGUUUGGGAAUAUAGGGUUUUGGUUUUCCCAGAAACAGCUAUUGGAUCUGAUGGCAUUAUUCGUUUAA